AUGCAGCGAUCCUCGUCAGAAGAAGAAUCCGCUCGCAGACGGCGAUUUAGGAUACAAAGUGAGUUUGGUAAUGCGCGACAAUGGCGAAGCCGGAAAAACCGUCCUUGCGAUACCUGUCGCCGAAGGAAGACUGCUUGUGUCAUUGAAGACAAGCCGCCAUGCCUCUUUUGUCGAGGCAGAGGAUUGGACUGCCAGUCCACUUCUGAACCAAUACAACGCUCAAGACCGCAAGCAUUUGACGAGGACCCGGACGACGAGGACGAGCCGAUGACUUCACUGGAAGAACCUCCAGCUGAGUUGAGUCCUCAUAAUGAGAAUCAUGUCUCGCCCCAGCAGGUCAGCCCUGGCGGCAAUGAUUCCGGCCAAGUCCUUCUCUCCCCAAGCACCAGCGCGGAAGGUAUGGAUAUUCGAGAAUGGCUAGGAAACCCUAAUCCCACAACUCCGAGCAGUAUCGGUUCCCGCUUUGUUGACCCGAAAGUCCACACCCUUGAAGAUGGCAAGGACCUCACUGCACAUUCCAUUGGGCUAUCUGCCGAGCAAGACACAAAUCUUCUCGCUUCCUUUCGAUCUGUCAUAAUCAACGAGACAAAUCGAGUGGAUGGCGACAUUUUUCAGGUUCACCCCGGAAGUACUACGACAGGCACCCCGCCUCUUCACUUUUACAUAUUGAGGGACUGGUUCAUGCCAUACGAUGACCGGAUCAAGGAUGAGUCGUCCCAAGUGAUUGAGUCUAAGGUCGGAUCGUUUGGCCCUAGUCUGGUCAAUCUUUACUUCAAAUAUGUUCAUCCAGUCUAUUGCGUCGUUUCCAAGGUCCGCUUUCUCCGGGCUUAUAAGCAAGACAAACACAGCAUUCCGGCAUCAUUGCGCGGAGUGAUCUAUGGACUGGGUGCCGUCUACUGGAAGCAAGAUCCCACGUUGAAGGGAAUCACCCGUCCAUUUGAGCAAUAUGAGCUGUUCCAUGCAGCUCAAGCUUCCCUUGAGAGGGAGCUGGAAGCACCUAACCUGUGGAACCUGCAGGCAUGUCUGCUCAUGUUACACGAGAAGGCUGCGGGAAACGGUACAUUCGAGACCCCUAGGACCUGGACUCUAUCUGCACAAGCGGUCGCUUGCGCUCAAAUGAUAGGGCUCCAUCGUGAUCCGACCGAUUGGAAUAUUGCUCCCUGGGAGAAGAGCCUGAGGAAAAAGCUUUGGUGGGCCACCUAUAUUACUGAUAUGUGGUCGUCAGUAUCCCAUGGGAAUCCUCCCCAUAUCUACCGUACCUCAUACACGACAUCGAAUCUGAACAUGGAGGACUUGAAGUUUGAUGAAGAUGUCCCAGAAGAGCUUCAAGAUAUGGUCGACAUCACAAGUGUCAGCUUCGAUGUGUCAACCGCAGCUAGAUUCCUCGAGCACGUUGGGCUCACUCAAAUACUCCACAAGCUAUUGGACACGGCGUUUUCUGAUCACAGUUACCGAGUCGGCAUCUUGGAUCCAGACAGGCAGGAGAUGAGACUCCUCGAAAUACAAUCAGAACUCGAGUCCUGGCAUUCCUUGAUUCCGCAAUGUGUCACCAUGAAUUAUACCCCAAACAGAUACAGUUUUCGCAAUAAUGGACCGCUUCACCUCGCUUAUUUCGCAACUCAAGUGCUUCUUUUCCGUGCUUUGAUGACUCCAGCAUCCAUGGCGGCCAAGAACAAUCCACAUUCCAGCUUACGUCGGUUUUUCGAUGCUGCCAUAGAGCAGUUUAGCGCCUUCCUGGCUUUUAUGAAUGAGAUCACUCCUGAUGGCUUGCGCGCAUUCUGGGGUCGACACGGCCGUUCGCAGCUCAUUCUAACCGGGAAUUUCCUGGUAUACUUGUUUCUAUUAUCUUCGAGCCCCGAUCAAGUCCGGGAGACGUUCCGGCUUUUGGAGCUCUUCCACGAAUCACUUCAGAGGCUAGGCGAGCUUGUGGACGAAGAUUCGGUGGGUCUAAUACGCCCGGUAGCCCUGAGGAUUGACUCCUUCUUUACACAAGCGGCUCAGAUUAUGCGGAGCGGCUCGACUACAGGCUCAUAUGCAACCGGCAUGACCAUGGAACACACUGAUGGGGCUUCUACGACUUCCCCGAUACAGUAA